AUGGCAACCGAAGGUCCAUCGAAAUCAACAGAACAAUCCCCCUCCGCCUCUGCCUCCGCCUCCGCCUCCGCCGCCGCGAACAGCAACAGUUCAGGGUUGAGAAAGCCGGUGUUUGUUAAGGUUGAUUCUUUGAAGCCGGGAACGAAUGGCCACACUCUGAUUGUCAAAGUAUUGAAUUCCAACACAGUACUCAGCAAGAAGCCACGGAAUGCGAUGUCGUUCCGUGGGUCCCAGAACCAGAAUACUCGUAUCGCGGAGUGCCUCAUCGGUGACGAAACGGGCACCAUCCUCUUCACUGCCCGUAAUAACCAAGUUAAAGCUUGUCUCUUGUUCAUUUCUAGACAGUCAUCUGUUUCCUGUAUAGGUGUCUUUCGUUCUGUUUCAAGCAAUGCCAGAAGAGGGCCGUAUGAGGAUGGGAAGACUGAUGCUACCAUUUCGUUUAAUGACGAUAAUUUUGUUAAGGUUGACUCUGGGAAGAUGAAUCCUCAAUUUGCAUUCAUGAGGGGUGCUAUGAAGAUAAAAGGGAGCAUGAAUGCGGCCCAAAAAUUUACUCCAGACAUUUUCUCCAAACCCUCAAAGAUCACUGUUUUUAAUGCUGCUAAAGUUACCAACAGCAGUUUGGAUAGAUCACCUGCGGAUUACGAAGUUAGUGGAGAGGUAGAACAAGCAAUAAAAAAUGGUGAUACAGCUGCUGCAAAGAAGCUUUUGAGUCAGACAGCUGUCUUUAAUCAAACUGAGAUAGCUUUUAGCCUCAUGGACCACAGAGCAAGUUUGGAUUGCAAAAAAUUACAAGGUGAAACAACGUCAGAUUGUACUCCUGCAACAUUGCAAUACAAGAAAGUAUGCAAUUGGACCCCUGGCAUGCAACAUCCCCCUCCUAGAGGGAUCAGAAAAAACUGGAUACUCCCUCCUGGUGUCCACAGAGUGGCUGGACCUCUACAAAAUUGUUUCGGCCGAGCCUAUUUGUUGGAGUGGAAGGGUGUCUGGCAAGUUGCACAUGAAUCUGAUAAAGAUAGUCAUGAUUUGUUUCUUGCUGACUUGCUGCCACAAGAAAGGUGGUCAAAAAGGUGGAUUAUGCCAUCAGAUCUGAUGUGGAAAAAUUCCAUCUUUUGGACAUUUGCUUCUUCAGAUUCUUUAGCACAAACUUCCUCAAGAAGGAACCCGUCAUCCUCCGCCAAUUUGAAGAUGGUUAAGGACAGUCUAAGCUCGACCACCUUCGGAAACAUCCAACAUAGGCUACCGGAAAACUGCGAUAUGUCCUGCGCGGUGUGUUUGAACCAGCUGAGGAAGAAAAGCCAGGUGUGGGAGCUCAGAAACUGUCGCCAUGUCUUCCACAAGCACUGUCUCGAGAAGUGGCUAUCUUAUGAUGGCUGCCGGUUAACAUGCCCUCUUUGCCGGGUUUCUCUGCAACCUACGCCGCUACCGGAGCCACCGCACUGGGCGGUGGAGCGUAUGCUAUAUCUAUUUGGGGAUGAUCUGCUUCCCUGA